ACGACUGGUCAGACGCAGAGUAGCCCACCACCCGUGCAAGGCAGUGUUGGCAGCGACAAGAUGGCGCAGCAGAUACCGGUGCAGACGAUCCAUAGGGAUCCCCAAUUAUUCUACUGGAUCCUCUUCCCCAUCACCAUCGUCAUGAUCCUCACAGGCGUCCUCCGCCAUUACGCGACCGUUUUGAUGGCCUCGGCUCCCAAGAAGCAAGACCAGAAGACAAUGCGCGAGCAGCGCGCCCUGCUCCACGGCAUCAACGUGCGCGGGAAUUACCACGUCCUCUCCAAGUCGUCAUUCACCGCGCGCCGCGACGCUCUGAUUUCGGCUUACGAGGCGGGCGCCUACCUCAAGGACCCCGACAAUCGCGGUCAGCCACCGCCGAACCCGAUGAGCGACCCCAACGCUAUGGAGGGCAUGAUGGGCAUGAUGAAGAACCAGAUGGCCAUGAUUAUCCCGAACACGCUCAUCAUGAGUUGGAUCAAUGCCUUCUUUAGUGGUUAUGUUAUCAUGAAACUGCCGUUUCCCCUUACCAUCAAGUUCAAGAGCAUGCUCCAGGCAGGUGUGGCGACUAGGGAUAUGGAUCCCCGCUGGAUGUCGAGCAUUAGCUGGUAUUUCCUGUGCAUCUUCGGCCUGCAGCCCGUCUUCAAUUUUAUCCUUGGCAGCGAGAACGCUGCCAACCAAAUGGCGCAGCAGAUGACCCAGAUGGGCCCGCAGGGCGCAGGCCAAAUGUUUGGCCCCGGUGUCGACCCAAACAAACAGUUUCUCGCCGAGGCGGAAAAUCUCGCCGUCAUCGAACACUCUUCCGUUUUGGACGGCGUCGAGCAGCGCCUUCUCGAGGGUAUCAAGGUGUAACAAAGAUAUCAGCCCACAGGAAUCGCCACCCCAAAUGCGAGCAUAGACUUGAUCCUCGACAGCUUGCCGGCCCAUCACUCCCACCACAGACAGCACCCAAGCCCCGGCCCUGCCAUAGACCCCGUAAUCCUGUACGGCGGCUUCGUGUUUGUUGGGGUCGGUGCUUCUUCGGAGGCGUCCACCUCUUCCACCGGCUUUGACGGGGUCUGGUCGUGCCAUUCUUCGGCAAUAACUCUGAACCGGACCAUCUCGUUAUCGUCGAAGUACAUGACCUGGUCCUCCUCCUUCCAAAUCCAUAGAUUAUCCGCUGGCUCGAAUUCUGAAACCUCUGGCAGCUCGGUCCAGGGGACGAAUAUGUCGUCGAAAAAGUCUGUGGCGAGAUUUAUCCCUUCUGGCGACUGGUCCACGAUGCGUGCUGUGAUUACCUCACCCUUGUGUGGCCUGAACACCACCAUGCGAAACUCAACGUUGACGUUGACCAUCCCAUCGCCAUGCCCGAUCAACCCUUCCGAGGUCCACAGGAUAUCCCAGAGGCAGAUGCAGAGGCCGAUCUUUUGUACUACCUUGUUCGCAUAUUUCGCGUUGAUGUUGUCUUCGAUGGCAACAUGACUCUGCUUCCUGAAGUCGUCUGGUGCAAUCUGCACGAGGUCCGCAAACUUGGUCAGAAUAAACAUGGUGAUUUAGGCGGUACGCCUUUGCUGAUCGGCACACUGGGUCGCCAACCAAGAGCGAUGAAUAUUAUUCUGUACACUAAAUGUCUAUGACACGGCAGCAAAGAAGACGUCGCGAUCGCCCGCGAAAAGGGGAAUGACGGAGGGCUUUAAAGUUGUCGAAAAAAUCAC